AUGCCAGAUUCAUUCACUAGUCCUGAGAUUGAAAUAUUCACCGGUGUACACGACGUGUAUCCGUUGAUCGACCCCGAGUCUCACUUCGCUCACAAGACGUUCAAAGACAAGGUCGUUCUCAUCACCGGCGGCUCAACCGGCAUCGGCUUCACUACGGCACAGUUCUAUGCUAAGGCUGGAGCAAAGGUUCUCAUCCUCGCGCGUAACGUGGAGAGGCUGGCACAGGCAAAAGCAGCGAUCGAGAAAGAUGUUUAUGGCGCAGAUGUUAUCAUCCAGUCCGGGGACAUUACGGAUCCAGAGGUCAGCAAGCAAGCAGUGACGGCUGUCCUUUCUGCGUGGAAUCGCCUAGACAUCGUUAUCGCGAAUCAGUUUGGUAUCCUUGCGGGCCCGACAAGCAGGCUCGCUGAAAAAGACCCGGUCGCCUGGUGGAGGACUCAAGAAGUCAACGUGAAGGGUACUUUGAAUAUCGCUCACGCCGCUAUCCCCGAACUUCUCAAGUCGAAGGGGCAGAUAAUCGCUACUUCGUCUGCGAUGGCACAUUUCCGCGUCCCAACAAUGAUGGACUAUAGUCUCAGCAAACAUACACUCAACCGCUUUGUGGAGAUUCUUGCUCUAGACUAUCCGGAGAUCACGGCUUACGCUGUGCAUCCCGGAGCCAUCGUCACACCCGGCUCCAGUGCAGCUGCGAACAGCAUGGGGUUGGGUGAUAAUGUCGAACUUCCCGACACGCUCGAGUUACCCGCUGCAACGUUUCUCUGGCUCACCGCACGCAACGCCGAGUUCCUUAGUGGCCGUUAUAUACAGGCUACCUGGGAUCUGGGCGAAGUUCUGGCCCAGAAGGACGAGAUUGUGCGCGACAAUCUUCUGGUCACGAAGUUGGCGGGGCCUGCUAAGCGCGCUUGA